AUGAAUCCUGAAGCGAGCAACUUUACGCCGUCAGAGAGCCCUGCGCUCGAGGGGCUCCAGCUCGCGAGGACCGAUCUUGAGUCGGCGCGAGGGGACAAACAUGUUGUCAGGUACCCAAGCCUGUAUCAUUUCGCAUCUCAAAUCACCGCUGCAGCUCCGAAAGACGCCGAGUCCCUGCCCGACACGAACUAUCAUCACUCCAUACCCCAGCUAACUUCAAACUGGCCGUGCCGUGACGCUGGGCUGGGCUACGGCGAGGAUGCAGUAUCCUGGAGGCACAGCCUCGCCUUUACCUCGUAUUAUACUCCUCAUCCACCGGCCACAGACGUGAAUGAGUCGCUUUCGAUGCCUCUCAUGUGUGCUCGCGUACCUCAAGGUGCUCAUGAACCCGUCAUCCCCGAGGAUCACAAGUCGGCUACCGAGGACGAGCCCCAAAGCGCCCAAGCUCCAUCUCAGACAGCGCUCAGGCAACGGUUGGCCAGCUUAGGUGUGCCGCAAGCGCAACUCUCUCUUUGUUCGGAGAGAAAGGUUUCUAUCGGGGCUGAAUGGCCGCCUUUGCCUCCGGCUCCCCGACAGGAAGCCCAGAAUCUCUUCGCUUCCCUUGCCGACUUCUCAGCCAAAGGGCCCGCCACGAGAGCUCGGCGACGUCGGGGGGGGCAAUCUCACAGAGGCCCACGCUUGCGGGAGGUGAAGAAAAAAGCCAUUCGUCAGGCUCUAGGUCCUGCUCCGCCGGAUGAACACACCUCGAAAGGUGUUUUUGAGGAGAGAAACACGAACAGAACCCCCAGUCGCAUGGUCAACCCGUACGGCGCCUCUGAAUACCACGCACUAUUGCAUCAGCUCCAAGGCGACGUCAUGACCGCCUUUCCGUCCUCAACCCAGCCGUCCGUCGGCCCGCGGGGAGCCUCUCCACCAUUACAUUUAUCGUAUGCAACCGUCGCGUUGUCUCAAGAGGACAUCGACUUCGCACACCAGGCGCAAACCAUGAUUUCGUUGCCCGUUGUGGCUGAAGUCGCACCAACACCAACUCAUCCCAUCCCAUCGAAACUUCAUCCAGGCCCGCCUGAGCGUGAAAGGGAAGAGGCGAAGGACAUAAUCACAACAGGCGACAGCCCCAGUGUUGUUGUCACAGGUUUCGAAGCCAAUGUUUCAGGAAAUGCAUCUCAGCAGAAUGCCUCAGCGGAGCAUGGCCAUCGUGCGACACCAUUUCGAGCACAAUCUAGGCUCAGCCACGAGGCAGGAAUCAGUAUGCAGCCGAUGACCAACGCGCAUGAGCUAAGCCGGGUCCCCUUUAUUCCUCGCUGCCCGCUCAAGCCUUCGGGGGGCGACGGUUCCAAUAACAAGCUCGUCGACAGGUCCGCCUUGUCGCUGUCGUCAUCCCGAGACCAGCUCCUCCGCGAGUCUGGAUCGUGGUCGCAUUCGAAGAGGUGGGUAAGUGAGGGCACCAGGGAGCGUGCAGCCUUCGCGAGGACCAUGAGUAACAUGCACCACAUCGGAGCCGAUAAAUCACCUUUUAUUCCCCAUAGCUUGUCCGAGCUGGCAGCAUUGAAGAUUCAGAUUGCCGAUGCCAACAGGCAUGAGCUGGCACAAAAUGUCGGGCGAAAACUAGAAGAGCUGGAGCGAAGAAGGAUCCUCGCCGAGCAAGGGGAGAAACAUGUCGACAUCAAGGUCGAGAAACUGUUUUGGGGGAGACUGCUUGAUUCCAAGCUUUCUCCGGUUUUCGCUUCGGAUAAUUGCUUCAAUGCUUGUGAGCCGGGCGCACACCACCGUGUCAACUGGCCAUCUUUGGCAGAGCUCAAGGACGAAGGCGAAAGGCGAGGGGUUCGCUUUCGUCGCUAUCUUCCCCUACCGCGAUUGAACUUGGUCGAUCCACGAAUUCUGGCGACUGAGCAGGAAGUCUUCAAUCCCGACGGCACCUUGCGUUGGCAAGUGAAGACACAAAAGCCUGUCUGGCCAUAUCUUGUUCCGGUUUCUCCUCCGGAAGACGAGACGCUCGCAUUUGCCUUUGGGCCAUCCUCCGAACCGCAGCUCCACGAGUUGCCAGCCCGCUUGCAGGACGUGAUCCGGCAGUGUCUUGACUGA